AUGACCGUCUUCUUAAUCACAGGCGCGAGCUCCGGUCUAGGCCGCCAGCUAAGUCUUGAUGCUCUGCGGCAGGGCCACAAAGUCUUUGGAACAACUCGUAGCUCAGAAAAAGCUAGAGAAUCUAGUCCAGAGUUUGAAAAAUUGGGAGGUGUUUGGUGUGAAUUAAAUGUUUCUAGCGCAUCGUGCGAGAAUGUAAUUCGCGACAUCGCUGAGAAAGAGAAUGUGGAUGUUCUAGUUAACUCAGCCGGGUAUGCACUUUUGGGCCCUGUGGAGCAGAUUAGCGACAUAGAAGCUCAUGCCCAGAUGGAAACCAACUUCCACGGGACACUACGGGCUAUUCGAGGCGUUCUACCGACAUUCCGCUCUCGCCAAUCCGGCAUCAUUGUCAAUAUUACCAGCGGAGCAGGAUUUAUUGGGCUCGCUAGCCGAGGGCUAUACGCAGGUAGCAAGUUUGCGGUAGAGGGACUUUCGGAGGCACUCGCGAAUGAAGUCGCCCCGUUUAACAUACGAAUUAUCAUCGCUGAGCCGGGUACAUUUCGAACUAAUUUCAUGGACACUCUGGUUUUCCCAGGAGCAGGAUUAGGCCCGUAUGUAGGUACACCAACUGCCAAAAUGGUUGAAGUGACGGAAGAUAUGAAGCGGCAUAAGCAUGGAGACGUCGCCAAGGCUGCAGAGGUGCUUCUCAGCGUCAUCCUCGGUACAGGCCUUGCAGCUUCUGAAGAUAUCAAGAAGUGCUUACGGAUACCCAUGGGUCAAGACUGUUGGCCUCUGGCUAAGAAAGAAGCAGAGUCAUGGUUGAAAGAGUUGACCACGAUAGAGACCAUUUCAAUGAGCAUCGGAAAAGAAGUCUAG